UAGUCUAAGCGACGGCACUACCGAUACCAGAGUGUACGGGCUGCUGGGAUGGUCAGGCUUCUCUGACCUCACGUGACCGCUUUUACGCCUCGCGUAGAAAGCAGGGGGACCGCCACAGUGUGAACUGCUGCAUAAAGCAUGAGCAGGACGUUCUGUUGAAUAGACAUUAUGGCAGAAACCAUCUUAAUAGAUUCGGACUUGCUGUCUGAAGAUGUCAUAUGCACUGUGGUGGAGGAAACUUCAGAUUUGGAGCUGACGCCCACCCUCGAAAUUCUCCAACUGCAAACUCUGGAUUCGUUGGAGAAUGCGAUGCAGGCCGUCGAUGAGUUUGAGGAAUACACAGCUUCUAAUUUUGUUGUUGUAGAAAAGCAGAAACAUUUUGGGAAUGAAGCAUUCAGGCCUACUACAAAGGUUACCGUGCAUUGGGAAGGACCAGUAAUUAAUAAUGUUUGCCUAAACGAGUAUUCCGGCGUUCCCUUUAUAAUUGUUGGAAGAAAAGUACUUGGUUGCCAUCUUGGGAGGGACAGGGCGGUAGCCCAGAAAAAGAGAUAUGCAGAGUAUAUAAUCCAGAAAGAGAUUACAAAUCAAACUUUUAUACCACGCAGGAAAACAUUCCAAAAUACAAAGAAAAAAGACUGCCCAGCGAAAAUAUAUUUAUAUCAUAUAUUGAGAUUUCCGGACUUUCAGGUUAAAAAGAAGACAGAAUGGCAAAUGAGAGCAUCAGCAAGAAAACUCAAACGUGCAUUACAGAACGAGAUUGCGCUGAACCACAGCUAUAUGAUCCUUUUUCCAGAACUAUCCGACCACCAGAACCAUCCUGCAGAUGGAAAGGUAAAUGAAAGGAAUUCUGUCAGCAGCGUUGACCCCUGA